UAUCUAGCUCAGCACGUACGCCAAAGCGAUCAGACAGCCAGGGAUAACACACCGACGACAUUCGCAUCGUGCACUGGAACAAAGCAGUUAGGAGGUGGAGUCGACAGAACCAGCUAGGUUGCUGAAAGGUCAUAGGAAAAAUAUCGCAAUAUGACUACCAAAUGUGUUGAAGAGAAAGUCCAAGAGGCGUAUACGAACUGGUCGCAAACGGCCUGUGGGUUUACAGAUGUCAAGUACAGCGACACACUAAUGUGCGACAUCAAGCAGGCGCUGGGAUCGAUACACGAAGAAGUCAUCAAAAGGUUUUACGGGUGCGGCAUGGUGGUGCCAGAGAAGCUGGAGGGGAUGCAUGUACUAGACGUGGGGUGCGGGGCCGGAAGAGACACCUUUAUCGUCAGCAAGCUCGUUGGUCAGCAAGGUCACGUGGUCGGAGUAGACAUGACGAAAGAACUGAUUGAUGUUGCUAACAAGUACAUAAACUACCACAUGGAAAAGUUUAGUAUCAAAGAACCAAAUGUUGAAUUCAAAGUUGGCUUUAUUGAAAAGCUGGACGAAAUUGGAAUAAAAGACAACACAUUCGAUAUCCUCAUAUCGAAUGGCGUCAUUAAUCUGACGUCAGACAAAACUAAGGUCCUCAAGGAAGCAUUCCGGGUGUUAAAGGAAGGCGGUGAGCUGUAUUUCAGUGAUGUCUACUGUAACAAGGAAUUGCCUGAAGACAUUCGAAAAAAUGACUUUCUUUGGGGAUUUUGUAUAGCUGGCGCUCUCUACUGGAAAACUUUGCACGAGAUUGCCUCUGAGGUGGGGUUCUGUGCCCCUCGACUUGUAGAAAUACUCACAGUUCCAAUCAACAACCCUAAGUACAAAGAACUUCUUGGUGAUGCCCAGUUUGUGUCCACCACGUACCGAAUGUUCAAACUUCCAUCCACCUCCUCCACCUCUGAAGACGUACAGUCGGUCAUCUAUAAAGGUGACAUCAAGGGCUACGAAAACGAACUGCUCUUUGACGUUAAUAACACUUUCAAGACUGGUGAACCACGAACCGUCGAUCCCAACUUGGCAACCUUUCUACGCAUGUCACGAUUCAAGGACAGCUUCCGCUUCCUGGAUCCACUGGUUGUUAGUCCAUUCGAUUACUUGAAGCAGUUGGAAGACCGAGGUCAGACAGUGCGAGUUUCAUAUUCAGUGGACUAGUUGUGGUGAGGAACCAUAUAGCGGACCUCAGUAAUGACACGAACUAACCAUUAACAGGAAUGACAAAAAAUCUGGAAGCUAUUUACACAAGAAUGUACCUAAUAAAACUAUAAUACACAAA